AUGAUACCGUUGGUGACAAUCACUCAACCAAAAGAAGAUAGUUCAAAAGUUGAAGAAAAAGAACGAAAAGCGCAGAUUGCAAAGCACUUAGAAACACAUGUCAAUGUACCUCCAACUCUCGAGAAAACUCAAGAUAAAAAUAUUGCAGAAAAAUUACACAAUACAGCAAUAUACCGAAACAUGUCACCAGAUGCAGUACCAUUAAGCGAUAUUCCAGAAGAUUUUAUGAUUAAUUCAGAAUUUAUAAAUAAUGCCAGAUUAACGAUACCUCCUAUUACAACAAUGGAUCCUGAUUUAUUUUCUAUAUUAUUGCCUUCACAGCCGUCAACACCACAACAUCCUUCAACUCCAAGAUCGAUUAGUACUGAUGAUGAUGAAUUUUAUGGUCUAUUUCCGGCUCCUAAACCUUUCAAAGCAUUUUUUCCUAAUCUUGAAGUAGCUAAAAAUGUAAAUGAAGUAGGUGGUAUGGUUGAAAAAGAUGAUUGGUUUAGCAUUUGUAUUGCCUGGACUGCUGGGAUCGACCUUAUUGUAAUUCAUGCUGCAUUAGCAAUUGCUGUAUCAGUUCUUUAA